AUGCCUUCUCUUCGUUCAAACCCCAAGCCAACAGCUCAAUACGUUGAGUACGUCCAGAAUCUGACGGCUACGAGGGGCACACAAGCCUCCUACACGAACGAGAUGGCAUCAAACAUCGCGGACAAGAGCAAGCCCUCCCUCGCCAGCGACCGCCGCUCUUCCACGAAAUCCCCCGCCCCAAAAGUCGCCACCACAGAAGUAUCUGGAACGACCAACGAGCCGCAGAGCACAGACCAGGCACAAUCUCAAGCAAACGUUCAACUGAAAACGCCGCCGGUCACCCCUCCCGCUUCCGACCCACCCACACCCAUAGUCCCCGACACUCCCGAGCCCGGCGUAGCACUUCCAGAGCUCACCAAGAAGCAGAAAGCCGGAAUCCGCGCCUACCACGAUCUGGUGGAAAAGCACCGCCGCAUGGGCGCCUACGGCUGGAGCGGCGUGGGCAAAAAGGGCGCCAUGCACAGCGGCCGCAAGCACGACUACAACCAGCAGGGCACCAACCGCCUGAUCACGAAGAAGGAACUGGAUGAGGACCGCGCCAGUCUGGCUGCGGUGGGGAUCGUGAUUGAGGGCCUGUGA